CUAGUCACUACUUCUCCCUAGAACUCCAGGAUAUAGCUCUUGGAGACAGUAGCUAGUGAGAAUGUGCUGAUUAGUGUCAGAAGGAGUUUUUGUGGAUAGUAUAGUAAUUUUAAUAGUUGAAUGGUUGUAUUCAUUGAUUGAUCUAAGCUAGAUCACCAUUGAAAACCUGAGAACAUUGAACGGACGUUUCGUCUUAGUAUAGGACUCUUCAGCAAUGUGCGUCUACGAUCUCGCACCUGAGCGAGUCUUGAGUCAAUUGAAGCUAGACCACUAUUGAAAACUCGAGAGCACUGGACGGCUUUUCCGUCCAUAAAAACUCCUGAUAUAUUCAUGUUGAAUAUUCAAUCAAUGGACAAUUUAAACAUGAACGACAAUGAAUGAUAUCAUGUUCACUACACUGUUGAGGUUACUGUGAUAAGACUUGAUAUCAGCUAUUUGAUUUAAGCUAAUUUCGUGUUCGUACUAUUCUCUUAUAAUGUCUAUAUAUGCAAACAGAACUCGAUCAAUUAAUGAUCUUGAACGUUAACACUACGUUUGCUUUCUUUUAUCUUUUCAUUUCAGAAUUAACAUUUUUCAUACAAUAUGGUUGCUUCAGAAUUUCUCGGUUAUAUUCAAUCAUUUUCUGUAUGUAACUUUGUUGGAUUUGAAGAUUUAGCUGAUCGAGCAAAUUUUCAAUGGAAUGUUAUUGUACUACUACUAUGCAUGGUUUUAGUAACAAUGAGACAAUAUUUUAUGACUCCAUUAGUGUGUUAUUUACCGACAACAGUGAGUGGAGUCAAUGCAGAUUCUUAUAUUACUAAUCUGUGUUGGAUUGAAGGGACAUUUCCUAUUAAUUUAACAUCUGGGAUUGUACCACACAAACUACAGGAAUGGGAUGCACUUCGACCGCAACAAAUGAAUUAUUAUCAAUGGGUACCAUUAGUAUUAGGUUUACAAGCUAUUCUAUAUUAUAUUCCACGUAUUAUAUGGAGUAUAUUCACCUAUAAUCGUACUGGUACAGAUUUACAAAAUUUAAUACGUCAAGCUAAUUUAAUUACUAAAGAAGAUGGUGAAAAACGUCAAAAAAUGGUACAACAUAUUGCUAAAACAUUAGAAUUAUUAUUAUUUAAUCGUCGUGAAUAUCGUACAAUGGAUACAUUGAAUCAUCAUUCAUUUCGUCGGUCAUUAUCAUUUAUGCCUGGUAAACGUCAUGGCAACAAUUUAAUUUAUGUUUAUUUAACUAUUAAAUUCUUAUAUUCAAUUAUUGGCUUUUUCCAAUUAUAUUUAAUGUAUUUUUUUUUACGUUUUAAUUCAUAUGAAGGUUAUUGGUUAUUUGGUUAUCGUUUAUUAACUGAUAUUAUAAAUGGUAAACAAUGGACAGAAACACAAAUUUUUCCUAGAGUCGGUAUGUGUCGGCAUACACUACAACAUGUCGGUGCUAGUAAUACAUUAUUUGCACAAUGUGUAUUACCAAUUAAUAUGUUAAAUGAAAAAAUUUAUAUUUUUUUAUUUUUUUUUCUUGGUUCCAUUAUGUUACUAACUAUAUUGAGUAUACCAUUAUGGUUAUAUCGUAUGGGUUUAAAACAACGUCAAAGGCAUUUUAUUAAAAGAUUUUUAAAAAUUGCUGAUGUUUAUGAUCGUAAUGAUCCUAAAAUGGCAUUACUUACCGAUCGUUUUAUGAAUGAAUUUUUAAGAAAAGAUGGACAUUUUAUAUUACGUAUGUUAUCAAUGAAUGCUGGUGAUUUAAUUACAGUAGAAAUUGUAUGUAAUUUAUUUGCGGAUUAUAAAAAACGGUUUAUCGGUAUUGAUUUUCGUGGUCCACCACCACCACCACCAAAAUUACAUAAUAAUAAAUAUCAUGAUUUUGAUGGUUAUAUUACUACAGCAACAACAAUACCAGCACAACAACAUUCAAAUGAUAUAAUCAAAUUAAAUAAUCUUGAUAAAAAUCCAUCUGGUUUUAUAAGAUUAGAAGAAGGUGGUACAGCGAAUUUACGUCAACGACCAGCAAUUCCAUCUGCACCAAUUUAUUCAGAGAAUUCAAUUCCACCAGCAUAUCAAUAUGCAACUAGUAUAAAAGAUUCAGAAAUUUAUCCAUUAAGUAUUGUACGAAAUAUGCCACGUGAUACUACUACUACUAAUACACCAAUGGAAACGAACACUAAUGUUACUAAUUCAAAUCAAUAUACUCCUAAAAAAAUUGAUGAUAAUAUUAUUGUUCAUGAAAAAGAACAAUUGAAUAAAGUUCCACAAUAUACUCCAACGGAAGUAUAA